AUGUGGGUUCACUUCACAAAAUUCGUACCAUAGCACGGGUGGCUCUGGAUUCCCCCCAUCCGAGAGUGUUUUGCAAUGUGACACGAUACGGCACGGUACAUACGGUAUGGCGGUCUGACGAGAGUUGAAGAGUGCUGGUCGCAGAUGUUUGAGUUUUACGGCAGAGAUAUUUGAAUUUGUUGAGCUACUACUGGUCGAGUUUCUAAAUGAUUUUGCAAUCGCAUCAAAGGCUGGCGCUCAUUGCUAUCGUGCUUUGGUUGCGCGCUAUGCCAUAUAGGGAGUUGCGCGGUACCGACACCGCGCUUGCGUCCAAGAUCUCUUGUGGUUCGCCAUCUCUGGCUUGCCUCUAAUCCCCGGAUUCAGAGACAAAGGCUCUUGAGAGGGAGGGAUCCGCGUUUUACCGGUAAUGGAGACUUUGCGAUUUCGCAUCCAGAGUCAAAUUCUAGCGAUCUCAUUGGCCCAGAGCCCUGUUUGACCCACAUCCAGAGUCUUUGCGCAAAGUCACUAAUACCUGUAGGGCAGGCUUACCGGAGUCUUGGCCACAUCAAUUGUGGUACCGGUAUUCGUCCUUUUCUGCCCGCUCCGGCCGUGGGGCUGCCGGUAUGGUAAGCCAAGGAUCUCGUGUCUCGGGGAUCCAUGAUAAUGCCCGUGUCAAUUAGGGCACCUGAGUGGCUCUUAGCUUGUUCCCUAUGGUAGAUCACCCCCCCCCUAUCUUCUUCAUCAUGUACAGUCCGAGUACCGGUACUUGUAUCAUACAACAACUCCCCCCCCCCCCACUUGUGGGGGAGAAGGCCGUAAGACUUAUACCUGAGAUUCCCUUCAUUCCACCGAUCUCUGGAGACACCGAUUCCUGCCUCCUUUUUUAGUAGGGGUUGGUCACCAAUCACUAAUAAACACCUGCUCAAUAAGCAGGCUUUCGGCUCAGAGAAAACCGCGCGCAUUUUGUCUAUUUUAUCACCGCUUCCUCAGCCCCGGGGUUUCACCUGGUAAGAAGUGAGGGUUUUCCUUUGGCCAUCUUGCGCAAACUUUGCGCUUUCACAUCGCUAUCUUUGGUGAACUAUGGACUCGCCAAUUCAGGAUCCCUUGAUUGGAUCCGAAGCCGGAGCAGAAGGAAUAUUAGGUGGGAACCGAGUGUCCGGGUCAUCAUUAAUUGGUGGAGGCCUAGGCCCGAAAAGAACACCUGACUCUCAGGGGUAUCAGCAUGAGGAAACGGAAGCAAGGGAAACAUCGCCGUUGAUGUACGGAAGCGGGGGUGGCGCUCCCACGAGGGCUGGGGAAAUUGACGAUUGGGAGGGGGUUCCAUGGCACCGGAAACCGUCGGUAGGAUAAACCUCGAUCUCACCUGUGUGGAGGACGUGAGGCUGAAUGAUCAUUAGGUUUUUUGGCUGCUGCCACCAUUUUGCUUGUUCACUAUGGCAUUUGGCGGGUAAGAGCUCCUGUUUAAUAUAUAAUAUAGAAGGGAGUUUCUAUAAGUACUAAUAUCUUUAUUGCAGUGUUACUGUGCCACGGUUAAACGUUAUUCUAGCUCUUAUAUGCCAACAGUAUUAUACAGAUAAUGGAUAUACGGGAAAUCUCAUCCUACCUGUUUUGAUGGGAGGUGAGAAUGACAAACAGUGCAAGGAACCUGAGGUUAUUAUGUGCCAUCACGCCUCUGUGUGUUCUUGAGCUCUAUUCUAAGUUUAAGUUCAAAUCAGGUGCAAGCUCUUGUCUCUAAGUUCAUGUUAUAUAUGAGCCUUGUUGCGGGCAUUCUCAGUAGGCUUCUUCCUACCUUAGUAAAUGAGCUUGUAAUUGAUCCGCUGGCACAGGUGCCUUUACCUCCCCAAGGCUUGGGUCUCUGUCGGACCGUUACGGAAGAAGGCUUGCCAUGGCCUUUUCUUCCUUUGGCCUACUUGCGAGUGAAAUCACUACUAUUUUGGCAGCGAAAUAUCCGGACCUUUUUAGUGUGGAUAUUCUGCUUUUUGGGUCACUUAUCGAUGGCAUUUGUGGCAGCUUCAUGCUAGGGAUGGCAUUGUCGUACUCAUAUGGGGCAGAUUGCACAUCUCCUGCUCGACGUGCUGUGGCCUUUGGAUAUUUUCAAGGGUGCCUUUUCCUCGGAAUAGCCAUCGGACCAGUGCUUGGGGGUUUGUUAAUCGAAAAGACAAAUAACAUACUAUCUGUAUUUUACCUCGCAUUGGUCAGUCUUGUUAUUCGAUACCCAGAAGCCUGGCAAUAUUGACAUCUUUGCACCAGGGAGCACAUGCCGUUUUUAUAUCCUAUGUCGUGUUUUUCAUGCCAGAAUCUCUGUCCGAGCGCCGGAUGGUGCUUGCGAGGGAAAAGCAUAAGCGCGAGCAGAUGGAACUGCGAGAGGGAACCCCUAAACAUUGGUGGGACUCUUUUAAUCCAACAAACCUCUUACGGCCUCUCACAAUCCUAUUCCCAACCGGGCGGGGUUCAAGCGCAAGGUUACGAUUGAAUUUGAUGCUUUUGGCUGCCACUGAUUGCGUUCUUUUUGGGGUCGGCAUCGGAAGUAUCACAGUGAUUCUGAUAUACGCAGAAGCCAAGUUUGAUUGGGGGAAUUUUGAGGUACUUUCCUGAAAUAUCUGCGGGAAAUAAGCUGUGCUAACUUGACCGGUUUCCCAAGUCGUCUAUAUAUGUUUCGAUUGUUAACUGCUUUAGAGUCACGAUGUUGUUUGUAGUGCUCCCACUCGUAGUCACCUUCUUUCGUCGUGGAUCGACGGAACAAAACCUACACAGGGGAUGCGAUGCGCUCGAUAUUAAGUAUGGCUAAUCUUAUGUCACAUCCCUGUUCACUCGAGACUCGUAUUCUUAUGAAAAACAUAGCUUGAUCCGGUUCUCGAUUGCUGUUGAGACCACGGGAUACCUUAGUUACGCACUCGCACAGAGAGGGGGCCAGUUUACAACCGCUGGUGUAUUAACGGCUCUUGGGGGUAUUGGCUCGCCAACUCUGCAAUCGUCUCUUACAAAGCAUAUACCCCCGGACAAAACUGGGAAACUCCUUGGUGCCACAGCCCUUCUUCACUCAUUAGCGAGAGUCGUGGCUCCAACGUAUGUCUCAACGGUGCCCUUUUUUGCAGCCGGAAUACUAGUGGAGUGAUCUAACGAGAUUAUAAAGUGUCUUCAAUCUGGUAUACGCAUCGACGGUAGCGACCUAUCCGCAAACCGUGUUUGUCUGCUUAUCCUCCACGUUCGGGAUUGCUGUUGUUUGCUCCCUGUUCCUCACACCUGGAGUAUUUUGGAACGAUGCCGAUGAGGGUGAUGGAGAAGAGGAGACUCAGGAGGAGCAGGCCCCCCUCUUGUCAUCAGGGUAGAUACUGGGUCUCAUGGAUAUGAUACUACAGAUCCUGAGGGUUUGGCGAAUUGGUUCUCGUCUCUUUUCAUUUCUAUUCGUUCGGUAUGUUAAGGUAUUACUGCACUAUUUGCUAGUGGAGUUGGAUUGGGGCGGCUAUUUAGAUGGGAUAUUGGGCGGAUACAAUUUGGGACUACAAGAAAAUAUACUUUUAAUUCAAGACCAUUCCUCAGAG